GCACACCAAAUGUCGUAAUUUUGUCCCUAGGAACCCCUCGCCGCCGAACUCCAACUUCCGUGUCUCGCAUACUUUCUUUCUUCUUCGCACUUCACACUGACAGUAGGCUACUUCAUGCACCCCACUUUCCCUACUCUCUCUCUCCCAAUAUAUAUUUUCUCGUUUUCUCUCUCCUCCAUUUUCCUCAAAUUUUCAUCGUAGCUCACAUCUUCAUCAAAUACUCAAAUUCAACCUAAAACCCUCCAAUUUUUUCCCAAAUUUUUGAUCACAUUUAACACAAUUUUUUCAAGCCGCCAUGCCAGUUGCUUCAUUAAGCUCCAAUCUUCAAUUUCUCCCCAACAAUACGUUGCAUAAAAUCAACUUCGCUCAGCAACAAUGGAGUUGCAAUCGCGUGAUUAAAUAUAGGGUUUCUGCUAUGAGAGUUGUAAAUUUGAGCCAUAGGAGGAGAGAGAAAGUUAGUUUCGUCGUCAAAUCGUUGGAAUCGGAAUCAACGGUGACGAUUUCGGAGGAACCUAGGGUUUUAGAUGAUAGUUUUUCUCCGGAAGUUGAUAAUGGAGGUUCCGACGAAAAUGGCGGGAAUUUUCCGCCGGAAAAUGGCGGAAAUGGUGGUGGUGGUAGUGACGGAGGAGGAGAUGAUGAGGAAGAGAAGGAGUUCGGCGCGAUAAUGAAAUUCGAGGAUGUGAUGAGAGAGACUGAGAAAUAUGGUGCAACUCUUCCUUCUGAUAUUCUUGAAGCUGCUAAAACGUCAGGGAUUAGAGAAUUGAUUUUGAUGCGAUAUUUAGAAUUGCAGGGUUCAGCUGGGCCGCUAGGAUUUUUGAUGAGACAUUGUGCUAUGCUGCGUAAUAGAAUGUUGGCUGAUCCUGCGUUCUUAUUUAAAAUUGGGACUGAGAUUGUAAUUGAUUCUUGUUGUGCUACGUUUGCGGAAGUUCAGAAAAGGGGAAAGGAUUUUUGGACUGAAUUUGAACUUUACCUUGCUGAUCUUCUUGUCGGUGUGGUUGUUAAUGUGGCCUUAGUUGGCAUGUUAGCACCAUAUGUUCGUAUUGGUGGACGAUCUGCAUCUGCUGGAUUAUUUGGAGGCAUCAGCCGUGCUUGUCGUGACCUUCCCAGUAGCGUCUUUGAAGCUGAAAGACCAGGAUGUAGAUUUUCAGUGAAGCAGCGAAUGGCAUCAUAUUUUUACACGGGAGUUUUGCAAGGGGGAGUUGGCUUUGGAUGCGGAAUUUUUGGCCAAGGCAUUGCAAAUCUGAUCAUGACUGCUAAACGGAGCAUAAAGAAGUCAGAUGAAGAUAUACCAGUCCCACCUCUCAUAAAAAGUGCUGUACUCUGGGGUGCGUUCCUUGCUCUUUCAUCCAAUACUCGUUAUCAAGUUAUAAAUGGACUGGAAAGAGUGGUUGAGGCAUCACCAUUGGCAAAGAAUAUACCUCCUGUUGCUAUGGCUUUCACCGUUGGCGUUCGAUUUGCCAACAAUGUGUACGGUGGUAUGCAAUUUGUUGAUUGGGCUAGGUGGAGCGGUGUGCAAUAGAAUUUGACGACACUACCUCAAACCUGGGCAUCUAUUGCUCUUCACAUGUACACUCAGCUUUGGUAACAAUAAUACUCUUAUUGCUGGUUACAUUGUAUAAGAGCUUGUAAUUCCCACCCGGAAAAAUUUUCCCAGGUAAUGCAAGGAUUUGAAUUUGAGAGAUGCUCGUUCUUUUACCGAGAUUCUUCUCAUAAGAACAUGAUUAAUCUCUAAGAAACAGGCAAUAGCAGCGCCACAUUUUGAGCAAGUGCCUUUCUAGGCUAAUAUUAUGUAUUAGGUUUUAACUUAUUAGUUUGUUUAAAUUUCCAGCUUUUCUAAUGUAUGGAGCUUGAGCGUUCUUUUUCCUUCUAUAAUGUCCACUGGAUCAUUUGAUGUG